AUGUUUGGGUUGACAUGCUUAACUGAAAUUGAAUUUGUCAAAAUGGUGAAAUGCACAAAGCAUCCGGCAUGCUCCGGCCAGCCAGUCAGAGUUGUUAUAACAGAUUUUUGUCCCGGAUAUCCAUGCACUUCCGGACCUGCUCAUUUCGACCUCAGCGGAACUGCUUUUGGUGCCAUGGCCGUUCCCGGGAAAGAACAAAAACUUCGCGAUGCCGGAGUUUUGGAAAUCAGCUAUGCACGUGUUUCUUGCGAGUAUCCGGGGACGAACGUUGCAUUCCGCGUUGAUCCGGGGUCCAAUCCUCAGUAUUUUGCCGUGGUUAUCGAGUUUGAAGAUGGAGAUGGUGAUCUUGCGGGCGUGGCUCUGAAGCAAUCAUCCGGACGUGAUGAAUGGUGGGAAAUGAAACGGUCGUGGGGGGCUGUUUGGAAGCUUGACGCUGGCUCUGUGUUACGACCCCCCUUCUCAAUUAGAUUGAGGUCACAAUAUUCAGGGCAGAUCCUGGUGGCCAAAAAUGUGAUUCCAGGC